UCUCAAAUAUGAAUACUGGUUGGCUUCCUUGGUCACCAAAGAAUAAAUGUAAUAUCUUUGGGAUUUGCAUUGUUAGUUUGAACAUCUGAACUUGGGCUUUGGAACCAGUGAGGGGCAGUUUUCAUUAUUUUCUGACAUUUAUAGAAGAAUAAUCUUUGGUUCCAUCCCUAGUGAUGACUGUGUGGAGAUGUGUAGACUGUACAUGGGGUUCAUGGGACGUUUACCUGCCAUCUCUGACCAAACUACACACCUUUUUAAACUGGUUAAUAAAAACAUAUAAACUCCUCUCAGGAAAAUCAUCAUUUUCCUCUCCAGCUCUGAGGUGCCUGCUCCCAGCCCACCGGGACAUGUGCACCCUGAUCAUGGCCGAGCAACUGGCAUCAGACCGGGUGUCAGACGGUGCACAGAAAUCUUUGAUAUUCCCAACUUUGAAACUGGGAGGACUGGUGCUUCUGCUGGAGUUGCGCCCUCAGCUGGAGUCCACGGCAUGAAUAAUGUAGACCAAGGUCCUGGAGCGGAUCAGAGCCGGGCUCUGGAGACCAGAACCUCCACCGAGAAGAAACCGAAUCACGGAGAAAAGGUGCGGAUAAAAAACCGCCGGGGUCCAUUUCUAAUGUGACCGAGACGGAGACGGGGAUGAGGGCAUAAUGUAAAAACCCUCGGCAGCGGUGGCGGAGCUGCUGGUGAUACUGGUAUUGGACCUCCUCCUCCUCCUCCAUCAUCAGCAUCAUCAUCAUCCCACCACACACCUCCGCCGUUCAGCCAGUUUUUCCAGCACCACCACCAGCGACAAACCUUCAACGACAACAUCAUCAUUAUAAACAACAACAACAAUAUCCAGCAGGGCCGGGGAGAGGAGCAUCAUGGACGGAGAGAAAACAUCCUCCUGGUGCGGAACAGCCGAGCGGAGGAACGCCAUCAUCAACACCAGCUGAAUACAAGCGAGGAGGUGGAGGAGGAGGAGCGGAUGGAUGCCAGCCUGGGAUCAGCCACCAACACCACCACCAACAACCCUCCUCCAACUGGGACCAGCUCCGAGUUUAAUCAUUAUUAUGGGAAUGGAAGAGGAGGGCCUUGCUUUGAUCAACAUGGCGGACAACAAAGCCCAGGGACUGGGGUAACAGCGGCGCUCUUGGUACACAACACUAUGGAUCAGGUUCACAACUCCCACGAAGGGUACAACAACAACAGCCCGUAUAACCACUACCCGAAUUACCGACCCGGCUAUGGGAAUAGUGGAUACGGUGGCAUGAUGAGUCCGUCACGCCAGGGGAACAACCUGAUGGGCCCGGGCAGCGGCAGCUCGGUCGCUGCUAACCACAGUAAAGUGGCUAUGGCUGCUACCAGCUCCCCGGCUGUAGGUGGAGGUGUUAGCGGCGGCAACAACGGAGGAUUUCAGCGGUUCCAUGGACAGGGUCAGCAGCAACAACACCCGUCGGGGGCUACGCCAACUCUGAAUCAGUUAUUGACGUCUCCGAGCCCGAUGAUGCGCAGUUAUGGAAGUGGAUAUCCGGAUUACAAUAAUCCUAACGCACAGCACCAGCCGAGCAUGGGGCUGGCUAAAGACAUGGGCUCCCAGUACGGCUCGGCUACUCAUGGCUGGGGAGGACAACAAAGAAAUCACCCGACCAUGAGCCCGGGGAGUAACGGCCAGGGGAGCAGCAGAUCCCAGGUGCCGCCCAUGGACCCAAUGGCGAUGAAGCGCUCUCAGCUUUACGGUAUGAGCAACAACCCAUACUCCCAGCAGCAGCAGGGGGCGCCCUACCCCAGCCAGUCCUACGGCUCCCCCCCCCCCCCUAGAUACCCUGGCAGAGGGCAGAUGGGGAUGGGAGGGAUGCAGUACCCUCAGCAACAGAUGGGCUCUCAGUACGCUCAGCAGCAGCAGAACAUGGGUGGCUACUGUCAGCCGGGUCAGCCGGCAUACUUCAGCCCAGCACAGCAGCAGCCCGCUGCCCCCAGCCAGCCGCCGUACAUGCAGCCCCACCCACUGCCGCAGCAGGAGGUGCCACAGGAGGCGUACGGAGGCCGUGGACAGUCUGCCGCUAUGACUCCUGGGAAACCAAACCACGAGGAGAUGCGUCUGAGCCAACAGGAGAGACCGUCUAGCCUGCCGGAUUUAUCCGGCUCCAUCGAUGAUUUGCCCAUGGGCACCGAGGCGGCGGUGAGUUCGGGGGCGUCGGUCUCCGGCAGCAUUCAGGGCGACCAGGGGACCCCGGCCCGUUCUCCUUUCUCCCCACAUGUCUCACCUCGACUCCCCCCGCCAGUUCGCAGCGGACCUUCCCCCUCCCCCUCACCAUCUCCUGCUGGGUCCAGCAGCCAGUCACGGUCUGGACCACUGUCCCCCACCACCAGUGGACCAGGGCCUCAGCUGACCCCUCAGGUUCCUGGUCCUGGAUCAGAUGGUGGUCCUCAUGCCUCCCAGUCUGCCAUGGCGCAGGACAGAGGUUUCCCUCCCUCCAUACAGCGUAGCACUCCGGGGCCUCAGUUUGGCCCCCAGCAGUCAGCACCACCCAUGUCCCCUCACCAAGCAACGGGGGGGCCUGUGCAUCAUGGCUCCUACCAGCAGGGUAGCUCAUUUGGCCAGUACGGGCCCCCAGGUAACUACCCUCGGCCCCCCAGCUAUGGUGGGGUGCCCAGUGCCAACUACAGUGGCCCUGGCCCAGGCCCUGGCUUAGCUAACAGUCUGGGGUUGAAUGCCAGCAGUCCCAUGCAUGGUCAGGGCCCCUCCACACCGGCAGGCCGUGGUCCCGGUGCUGGGGGACGCCCUUACCCCACUGGAGGCGGUGCCAUGGGCCCCACCUCCCCCAGCAUGCCACAGUCUGCUGGGCAGGGCAUGGGACCUCCGGGGCCCAAUGCCAGCCGCAAACCACCUGAGGCUGGCCCCAGCGCUGGACCAAGUGCCAGCUCCUCAUCCACCAUUGCGUCCGCUGCUCAGGGCAGGCCACCCUUCACUCGAUCGCUCGUCUUCCAAAACCAGUCCUGGCCCGGGGGUCGACCUGCCCUGUCUCCCACCCUUCACCCUCCUCACCACCACCCUCCUCUUCCUCACCUUCCUCCUCACUACUCCCAGCAGAGCGCCAAUGCUCAGCCCCACCCCACCCUGCAGACCCCCCCUGAGCAUUAUGGGCAGGGCAGCUACCCGGGUAUGGCACCGAUGGGAGGAAUGGGCCCUGGAGGUCCUUACAGCCAGCAAGCAGGCAGCAACAAUGGGAGGAUGACGCCACAGGGUCCCCCCUACAACACCCCACCCUCAGGCCCCAUGAUGAUGUCAGCAGAAGGGAUGGCCACUCACCCAGAUGCCAAGCAAAGGAGUGAGCACAGCAAAGAGGGUGUUGCUCCUGCCACCGAACAAGCCAAACCCAAGGACAGCUACAGCUCUCUGUGUGUGUCUCAGACCCCCACCCCCUCCCCCAUGUCCCCCAGCUCAGCUAGUCUGUCCUCCUGUCACGGGGAGGACAGUGAUAGCAUUAGCAGCCCCGCCUGGCCCAAGACUUCGACCAGCCCUAAGCCCAGUGUGGCGACCAUGACCAACGAGAAGAUCACCCGGCUGUACGAGAUGGGCUCAGAGCCCGAGAGGAGGCUGUGGGUGGACCGCUACCUGUCCUUCAUGGAGGAGAGGGGCACGCCUGUCCCAAACCUGCCGGCCGUCGGGAAGAAGCCGCUGGACCUUUGCAGACUCUACCUGGCUGUCAGAGAGAUCGGAGGACUGGCCAUGGUGAACAAGAAUAAGAAGUGGAGGGAGCUGUCGUCCCUGUUGAACGUGGGGACGUCCAGCAGCUCGGCCAGCUCUCUGAAGAAGCAGUACAUCCAGUACCUGUUUGCCUACGAGUGUAAGGUGGAGCGGGGAGAGGAGCCGCCACCUGAGGCCCUGGGGCCCACAGGGGACACCAAGAAACCCCUGUCACUCCAGACCAAAAUCCAGCCACCCUCCCCAGCCAACUCAGGUUCCCUCCAGGGCCCCAACACCCCUCAGUCCAGCAGCAGCUCCCUGACUGAGGCCCCUGGAGACCUGAAGCCCCCAACCCCCGUCUCCACCCCCCACAGCCAGAUGGGCCCCCAGACAGGGAACAGAAACAUUGGAGGAGUGAGCGUCCAGGAUCCAUUUUCUGAAGGAAGCGAUCCAGCUUUCCACAACAAGCGAGGCCCUGGGCCCGGCUGCACCCCCUACCAGCAGGGAGGAGGUCCAGCAGACCCGUCUGUGAGGAUACAGUACGAUGCCAACAAAGACCCAUAUGGAGGGGUGAGGAAAGGUCCAGGCCCAGGCGAUGCCUUUGGCCUUGGUCAGAUGCCCAGUGGUGCCAUGCAGGACAUGUACCCCUGUGGGCCGCCCUCCGGGCCCCUGACUGGGGUGGGCCCCAGACCCCAGUACCCCUAUGGCCCCAGCUACGAGCGGAGGCCAGAACAUGUGAUGGGCCCAGAGGGAGGCAUUGGGCCCCCUGGAGGUCAGAACAGCAUUGGCCCAUCUGGAAAUGAGGCCGGCAUGUACCCCACCAACAGGUACCCCCACCAGAGGCACGGACAUGACGGUUAUGGACAGCAGUAUCCUCACAGCAUGGCCUACAGUUCUCAUCAGCCCCUGUACCCUCAGCAGCAGGGCUACAAGCGGCCGAUGGAGGGGAUGUUCCCCCCCUCUAAACGUCACGAGGGGGAGGGGUUUGGCGUGCAGCAGUACAGCUCUCAGCACCCUGAUAUGUUCAGCCCCUAUGGAGGAGGAGGAGGGGGAUAUAUGGGCCCGGUCCAGGGUCAGUACCCCUAUCUGUACACCCGAGAGCACCAGGGACCCCCACAGCACAGCAUGAUGGGCUCAGCGCCACCGUCGGUGUCUGGAGGCCCCGGGGAGGGGCCGCAGGCCAGCAUGUGGCACCCCAGGGGCCUCCCCCUCAUUAACAGAGAGAUCAGCUUCCCCCACGGCUCUGUGGAGGCCACCCCCCCAAAACUGAAACCCCGACGCCGCCUCACCGCCAAGGAUACAGGAACCCCGGAGGCCUGGCGGGUGAUGAUGUCACUGAAGUCUGGCCUAUUAGCAGAGAGCACCUGGGCUCUGGACACCAUCAACAUCCUGCUGUAUGAUGACAGCACAGUGGGCUCCUUCAGCCUCACACAGCUGCCUGGCUUCCUGGAGCUCAUCGUGGAGUAUUACCGCCGCUGCCUCAUCCAGAUCUUCGGCAUCCUGGAGGAGUACGAGGUGGGAUCCAAGUGCCAGAGGACCCUGCUGGCCCCCCUGCCUGCUGCCCCUGAGGAGGAGGUGCUGAAGGAGCUGCCAGCUGCCACCUCUAAGCCUAACAGGCAAUCACCAGAGGAGCAGAGGAUUCCAUCCGUAGAGGAGGAGGAGGAGACGUUACCACUACUCACAGCUGCUCCCAUCAACGCUGAGGAGGAGAUGAAAGAUGGUGAACCUGUGUUCAAAGAGGAGGCGGAGGUGAAGGAGGAACUGCAGGGACAGGAAGAAUCCCGGCUCCGACAGGCAAGCAAGUAUGACAAGCUGCCAAUCAGGGUGGAGGAGAGUGGGAAUGAGUGGCAGGAGGUGGAGGAUUGCUGGGCCCAGCUCAGCCGACCCAAUGGCUUCAUCAGUGGCCUCCUGCACUGGAUGGCCGGAGGAGGAGACUCCACUGCUCACAUCCAGACGCACUUUGAACCCUGCGCUGGAGACUACACCCCCCCAAACCCAGUGGAGAAGGAGGAAAGGGGGCGAGGAGACAAGGGGAGGAGCCAGGAGAGGGAGGGAGUACAUGACAACAGGAAGGAGGUGGAGGGAGGCCUGGAGAAGAUCCUGCCAGCCAGAGAGGAAACGUCACUGGAAACCCAACAAGGGCUCAGAGCUCAGAGGUCACCGGCUCACGGCGAGGCAGCUCAGAGUCCCAUCAGCCAGCUGGAGGAUGAGCCCCGCUGCUGGGAUGAGGCUCCACUGUCUACGGCUGAGUCCUGGCAAGACGUUCUGGCCAAACGCUGCAUCUGCAUCUCUAACAUCGUGCGCGGCCUCUCCUUUGUCCCCGGAAACGAUGCCGACAUGUCGCGCCACCCUGGCCUUGUGCUGAUCCUGGGGCGUCUCGUGCUGCUGCACCACCACCACGCCCGCAGGAAACGGACGCCACCCACCUACCAGCGGGAGGAGGAGCAGGGUCUGGCCUGCAGCCGGGACGAGUGGUGGUGGGACUGCCUGGCGGCGCUCAGGGAGAACACGCUGGUGACGCUGGCCAACAUCUCAGGCCAGCUGGACCUGUCGCUGUACCCAGAGAGCAUCUGCCUGCCCAUCCUGGAUGGGCUGCUGCACUGGAUGGUGUGCCCAUCCGCCGAGGCACAGGACCCGUUCUCCUCGGCGGGGGCUACCCCUCAGAGACUGGUGCUGGAGUGUCUGUGCAAGCUGAGCAUCCAGGACUGCAACGUGGACCUGCUGCUUGCCACACCGCCCUUCAGCCGCCAGCAGAAGCUCUUCACCACGCUGGUGCGCCUCAUCGGUGAGAGGAAGAGCCAGGUGUGUUGUGAGAUGGCGGUGGCCGUCCUGUCCAACCUGGCGCAGGGUGACUCCACAGCAGCAAGGGCCAUCGCCCUGCAGAAGGGCAGCGUGGGAACUCUUAUCAGCUUCCUGGAGGACAGCGUGGCCAUGGCUCAGUACCAGCAGAGUUCACACAGCCUGCUGCAUGCCACUGCGUCGUCAGAGCCGCCCAGCAUCAACAUGAUGUGCCGUGCUGCCAAGGCACUGCUGGCCAUGGCGAGGGUGGAGGAAAACCGGACGGAGUUUGUUCUGUACGAGAGCCGGCUGCUGGACAUCUCACUGUCGGCCGCACUUAGCUCAUCAGUGGCAGCCAUCAUGUGUGAGGUACUGUUUAAACUCGGCCGCUCGUGACAUGAACGCUGCCACAGAGCGCGCUCAGCGGC